AUGCCAGAGAAACAUCUCAGAAGUGGGUCUGCCCUUCCACCACUGAAGGCGGGAGUGAUUCGUCAUUACAGUAUGCUGUACUGUCCUUUCGCACAGAGAGUGAGAUUGGUCCUGGCACACAAGAACAUACCCCAUGAAACUGUUAAUGUGCAUCUGAAGGACAAACCUGAGUGGCUUCAGCAAAAGAAUCCCCAAGGAACUGUGCCUAUCUUGGAACUGGAUGACAAAAUCAUCUACGAGUCAACCUCGGUAUCUGAAUACUUGGAUGAUGUCUUCCCCAGCAACAAGCUCCAGCCAAGUGACCCUUAUAGGAAAGCCCAGGACCGGAUACUCCUGGAAUAUUUGGGCAAGCUUGGGGCUUCGUUCUAUACUUUGUUACUAAAGCCUGAGGAAAUCGAGAAAGUUGCUGAGGAUUUGGGAAAGCACUUCAAAUACUAUGAAGACACCUUGGUCAAGAGAGGGGGACCAUAUUUUGGAGGUAAAACUCCUGCUAUGAUUGACUUCUAUAUGUGGCCACUUUUCGAGAGAUUUCAAGCCUAUGGUACAAGAAACAAGAAAAUUUAUAUUGACAAAUCGAAUUACCCCAAGCUGGCAGAAUGGCUUGAGGCUUUGAAAACACUUCCAGCCGUUCAAGCAACAUCGACUGACACAAAGACUUUGCUGCACUUUCUGGACUCCGUGGCGGAUGGCACUUUUGACUACGACUAUGGGAUUAAUUAG